AUGGAUGGGCAUUCCAAGAAAGUUUACAUCAACCCCAACUUCAAUAAGCAUAGUUUGCAUGAGAGUCAUGCAAGACAGCCAGCAGGAUUGCAUGUCAAUCCAGCAUUUCCAAAAUAUAUGCAGAUGACUGCUAAUAUGGCACAGAAAGGUACAAUCUACGUCAAUCCACACUUCAGACCACCACAGUAUGUGAAUGCACCACAAUAUGACAAUGUACCACAAUAUGUGAAUCCAUCUCAGUUUGUCAAUCCAUCACAUUAUAUGAAUCCACCACAGUAUACAAAUCAAGUGGCUUUAACUGGGACAAGUUUGAAUGUUGCUACAUGUAGUACAUCUAGCUAUAGUGCACCAAAACUCGCCAUAGUGCCCUCAAACUCAAACCCAAUAAAUGUUAUACCAUCAACAUCAGCACUGAGGAUGCAACCCCCUCUGUCCAAGUCUAGAUACAGUUUAGUAAGAAAUGAACAAAAGAGACCUGUAAACAUUGAAGUUAAAGAAAUACCUAAAACAACUAUAACAAUUAGUAAAUAUAAAUCUGUAACUGUAAAAGAUUUAAAGAAAUGUCUAAAUAUACAACCAGAGCCUCAGGCUCCGAUGAGAAUACAGAUGUCAAAUAAUAAUAAAGCAACAAAUGUUUCUUUGAAUUUGAACAAAUGUAAAAAUAGAUAUAAACUUGUUAGACCAAGAACACUGCCAUCGACAGAGAAAGAAAAUUACAGCAUAGCAAGCAAUAUAUCUAAACGAUAUAAAUAUGUUAGACAAACAUCACUGAAUAAGUCACUUGAAAAUCUUAAUAAUUCCACUAUGAAAAAAUACAAACACUUAACUGUUUCCCCUAGACCAAAGUUUGUGAGACAAAGUAGUAAAAUUGUAAUUGGGAUACUGAAGAAAAACAACAUACCUUGCCCAUUAUUCCGAAAAUAUGGAAAAUGUUUAAGAAAAGAUCAGGGUAAAUGUGAAUUCUUGCAUGAUAAGAAACAUGUGUCCAUAUGCCGGAAAUAUUUAAAAGGUUUAUGCUUCGAUGGAAAUUGCCUGCUCUCUCAUGACUUGUCUUCUAAGAAGAUGCCAACAUGUUAUUUCUAUUUAAAAGGAGUGUGUUCAAAGGAAAACUGUCCUUAUUUGCAUGUAAAACUAAAUGAAAAAACCACUGUGUGUUCAGAUUUUUUGAAGGGCUACUGUGAAAAGGGAAGUGAGUGUACAAAACGCCAUGUAAAUGCGUGCCCAGACUUAGCUGAUAAAGUGAAGACUGCCAGAACUUGCAAAUUUUCUCAAAAGAACAAAGACUUGAAAAAGUAUACUGCACCUAAAAAGGACGACGUAAAAGCAGCACUGGCACGAUCAAAAAUUAAGGAUGAUAAAACCGAACAAGUGAAGGAUAGUCGCUAUUACAAGGAAGACUUAGCCAAUGAUGAAGAUAUUUGUGAAAUCAAACCAUCCAGGUGUAAACUUGGUACUUUACCAUCAUUUAUAAAGUUAUGAUUUCUUAUUUUUACUUAGCCAUAAUAUAUUUUAAGGAUUUGAAAAGAAACAUUGUAAAUAGCGUACAAUUUUGUAAUGUAUAAAAUAUAUUUUUAACAUAGAUCUAAUAACAAUAAAAUGCUGCAUACAAAAGUUCA